AUGCAAGCCCGUCACUCAGAGGGUUUCACUGCACCGAAUGAUGAGGAUGAGGACACUGAUGCUUUUGAGGAUGCUCAAGAGUCUUGGUUUUCAGACACCGCUUCACAAAUACUAGGGCUAAGCCGUCAAAUUUCACUUGACCCUUCCAUAGCUUCAACUUCAUCGCCGCCACCAUCCGUCCCCAGUCGAUCCUCCAGCAAGGACUACAACAAUCAGGUACCUUCUACUGAAAGCACAUCUUUCGUCGCCAACAGGACUGUCAGGAGUUCCUCUCGCGUUGUUGAACCGCCCAGACCCGACCACGCAGAGGCCGCCGCUGAUACUCAAUAUCCACAGAAGUGUGAGGUUUGCGAGAAGCAUCGGAAAGUAGUUCUCUACUGUAAUGUAUGCAAAAGCUCUUUCUGUGAAGCCUGCUGGGACGCGCAAUUUGUCCACAAGAGGACGCGAGGCGGUGUAUUACACGAAAGGACGGAUCCUGCUAUAGCCCAAAAGGUUCAUAAUGUUCUCUCCCCGCCCACGGAUGGAUUGGAGAGGGAACGACUUUACAAAGCGGACGAAGCAACUGCAUGGUUUGGCAUCGAGCGCCCUGAGGACAACUCCCCUCCGGUUUUCCAGGACUAUGGCCGCUUCUCAGAUCUCAUGGGGAUUACAGAUCCCCUGAAGAGGCAUCCAAGCUUCUUGGAGCAAUGGACGCAAGUUGAGCGAGAUCGCAGAACGCCGAGUCUUGUCUCAUUCGUUGGACAGACCGGAGCAGGGAAAAGUACACUGGUCAAACUCUUGGUAGACUUCUCUGUAAAUGGCACAGAGUGGUAUUCAACGCCUGUGGUGGGACCUCGUGGUGCACAUCUCCCAUCUUCGGAGGAUGUUCACUUGUAUCUGGAUCCGCGAACGGCCGACUCCUCCUGUCCACUAUUAUAUGCUGACUGCGAGGGUCUGGAAGGGGGCGAACGUGAACCGCUCGGGGCCAAGUUCAAAAAGAAACGUCGCAUAGACAAUUCCAAGCUGCCAGACGACGAAACCCAGCGGCACGUGGAUGCUAGCGGAGUCGUUUCUGAGAGGGAAUUAGAGUGGGCAAGUGGUCCGCGCUCUAGCACAAGAGAGUUUGCCGUUGCGAAUCUUUACCCCCGGCUACUGUACACAUUUUCGGAUGUGAUUGUGUUCGUGCUACGAAACCCAAGGACGAUUGAGCAAGUCUUCGUGCAACUUGUGAAGUGGGCGGCAUCGGCUAUUGAGACGUCCUCAAAUCAGCCAGUCCUACCCCACGCAAUUAUCGCACUCAAUGCAUCAGAGUACGAUAUACACCCCGGUUUCUGGGAUGUGAAGUACAAUACUGAGACUAUCUUGGAGGACCUGGCAAAUACGGUGAACCGUAAUGACACGUUCAAGAAAUGGUCUCAGUUCUGGAGGGAAAGAGGCAAAACUAUCAAUAACCUUGAAGAGCUCCUGCUCUGUUACUACAGCUCUGUCCAGAUAAUUCGAUUGCCAACUGAAGGUCGCCCAAAGCUCAUGGCCGAGCAAGUUGAGAACCUGUAUAAAGGAACGUUUUCAGCUUGCGUAGCAUCACGAACAGCUCGACACAAUGUGAGAAUGCUGCUAGAUGUAGACGACUUGCAGGCAUACCUGCAAGACGCUUUCAACCAUUAUUGCAGCACUUUAGAGUCACCAUUCGAUUUCGUUCAGGCAUCCUUCCGACACUCACCAAUCCCCCAGGAUUUCGGUGGAAACAUACUGAAGCUGGCUUUGGGUAUGGUGGAGCUAUGGGAAAAUCAGCCGCAAAUGACGGCUAGGCGCAUCUUUUCUGAGCUCAGCUACAUGGUCGCCUCUUGCAUCAUGCUAGACUCGGCCCGUAGUAAGAACAAAGGCAAUGCCUCACAGAUCAUUCGAAAGUAUAAAAAUCAUCUUGAUGAUGCAAUGCAAAACUUUUGCAAUCAGCACUGGCGUUGCGAAUUUGUCGAUCAAAGAACUGGGGUCCGAUGCGUUAAUGUGCGGUCGGGACACAGCGCAAAGGGCCACCAGUCCACGGAUGGGAAAGUCUUUGCCACUGGAGAAUACGUCUCUUCGUGGAGUUGGGAAGAGAACGAAAAUGAGUUUCCUAACAAGGUCUACCAUUGUUUUGUGGAACUACUCAAAAAGCUCACUGACAGAGAGCCCGGCAUCGAAGGAGAGGAGCAGGCUGCGGCGGGGAUUCACAAGAAUUCUGUGCUGAAACAUUUCUUUCGUCGUGCAACAAGUAACGGCCAGUUGCUGAAUCACAACACUGCAUUAACCAGUCACACAGCUUGUUUCUGUUGUCUUUUCGGUCAAGCAGACCACUUCCUCCCCUGCGGACAUGUGCUGUGUACAGAAUGUAUAAACACUUAUGGCAAGGCAAACGGUGCUACAGAGGUUGAGAUCCUCGGAUGCCCAAUUGAAGGCGAUGAUCGCCCAUAUAUCCAACCAUGGAUAGUCCAUCUCAAGCCAAAGUCAGCCGGCGUGCGCAUUUUAACACUGGAUGGUGGUGGCAUCCGCGGUAUUGUCGAAUUGGAGGUGCUUCACCACAUACAGAAAGCCGUGGGUGAUAUCCCCAUACAUACGGGCGGCCUGGUCGCCUUGGGCCUCGGCACAAGGAAUUGGACCAUCCAAGAAUGCAUCGACGAGUUUCUGAGGCUGUGCCACGGGGCUUUCACUCAACGUAGCGGGACGGAAAUUCCAUUGAUCGGAGCGUUUGUCGAAAACUAUCAUCAUUCCAAGUAUCAGACAUCAACGCUGGAAGAUGUGCUCACUCGCGCAUUUUCGAGCGACCUGAAUCUUUUUGGAGGUGUCCGGCCCGCUUCUUCAUCAACUCCAGCGAAGGUCGCUGUGACGACAACAUCCAUAUCUGCAAACAACACGUACUUGCUCACAAACUACAAUCAUCCUCGUGCCAGUCCAAAGCAGAAACACUACCAUUUCCAACGUCCCGAGACUUCCUCAUCCGAACUCAAAGUUUGGGAAGCUGCUCGCGCAACUACGGCGGCACCUCGCUAUUUCAAGUCUUUCCAUCAUGCCCCUUCACGAAAAACAUAUAUUGAUGGCGCGGUGUUUCACAAUAACCCAGUUCGGCUAGCUGACUCGGAAAGGAAGAUUCUCUGGCCUGACCACAGUUUUCCGGACAUACUCUUGUCCCUUGGAACAGGAUACUCUGUCGGAGUCACGAGAGCCGAGUCAGAACAUCUGGCAGCUGCUCGAAGAGGGAUAUUCAACCAUGGCCGAACGCUGUACAAGAUUCUUCGAAGUAACAUGGAACAGACGCUGGAUUGCGAGCGAACAUGGGAAGACUAUUUUUCCACGGUGGCGAACUCUUUACCGAGACACAUGUCUACUUCCAGGUUCAUCAGGAUCAACCCAGAGAUUGGCCAGGUACCAGCCUUGGACGAGAAGGAUAAGAUGAACGACUUGCGUAGAAGAACCCAUGACGCUAUUUACAGAGACCCUCGGAUUGAAGAAAUUGGUCGACACCUCAUUGCCACGUGCUUUUAUUUCGAGCUUCUGGAUGCUUCAGAGAGUGGCCAAAUUGUCAUUUCGGGCAAGCUUCAGUGCCGAUUGGCCCAAGGGUCCCAAGAGAUGCUUCAACUAGGCAAGCAACUCAGAAAGCGUUGCUUGGGUAACGAAGUCGUCAGUUUCGUGGCCUAUAUGGAAGGAGACGUGCAGCCUAUACACACAAUCCUCCUCACAGACCAUGAGCUAGAAACAAUGAUCUCUAGGAAGAGAUUCGACCUUGGGAGGAGAGUAUUUUCCAUCAAAAGCAAGGUCUUGCCUGUGCACUUCGACAUGUACUUCGGUGGUGUCUCGAAGCACCCAAUCAGUGGAUUCCCCCGGAGCUUUUUUGAUGGUGACACCAGUACGAGCUCUAAUGGAGCUUCGCACAAAAUGAUCACCAGCUCAAUGUCGACACGCUACACUCAUGGCUCCAGAAGAGCUAAAUCAGGAGGUGCAUGGCAACCUCCGGAUCUAGCAGAGAAAGGCAGUUUGUCCAAUCUCAAGCAAUACGCCAAUCCAACACGUAUUUUAGGCGACGACGGGCUAGAUGAAGGGUUCUUGCCUCAUUUCAAUCGAUCUUCAGUAAACCCGCACAAACCAGCAAAUACCACAACGCCUCAAACCAGGAAAGGUGGUAUUCGAGAUGCAUUCAAAGCCCUACUAAUUCCACUGAACACGCGCAAGGUAGGCUCAGAACAACAAACUCCUCUGUCGCCUAUCAAAUCACCUGUAUAUGAGCUACCAGGGGCUGGGUCCUCAGCAGGCCUGGAGGACAAGACCGCGCUUGACGAGCAGCUGUCAAUGGCUCAUAGCUAUUACAAUGUUCCGCCAGAAGACUACGCAGUGUAUCGUCAAUGGGUCAACCUCCUCCAGCCAAAUGAUGCCAAGCUCACAAAGCCUUGGGCUCCUUCUAUCGGGCAAGGUUCUUCAGGGCAUUCUCAGUCAAAUACAUCGGGUACGAUUUUCGAAAUGGCAGGAGAUACAAUGUUUCCGGUAGAGAUGGACUCAAGGGGAGAAGAGCCAGAGACGGCAAAUGACGUCGCAUUGACGACGAAUGUACCGGGCACCAACUCUGAUUCAUCCCUAAACAAUCCGGGUUUUUUCUGA